GCUGUCACGUGACCCGGGCUCCUUCCCGUCAUGUGACCCGUCCGCCGGAGGCCGCGCGUGUCCUUGUGCGCGAUGUUCCGCAUCGAGGGCCUGGGGCCGAAGAUGGACCCGGAGGAGAUGAAGCGGAAGAUGCGCCGCGACGUCCUCACCUCCGUCCGAAACUUCCUCAUCUACGUUGCGCUGCUGCGGAUCACUCCUUUCAUUCUGAAGAAGCUGGACAGUAUAUGAGCACCGAAGAAGAUUUGAUACAUGAAAGUAUGAAAUGGACUGUAGCUGCUUUUCCCUCUGUUAAUUAAACGUUGUGCCAGAGGCAGAUGUCCAGUACCAAAUGGUUCUAACAUGUUUCACCUAAGCGUAUCUGACCUGAGAGUGAUAGCCUAGCUGGGACUGUGGGGAAUAUUGUCUGUUGUCCCUGCAGGUGAAUUCUGGGCACGGGAUACUCUCUUCAUAUCGUCGGGUAGUGUUUUAUGGUUGAAUAUUUCUUGUACUGUUUAAAAAAAAUUCCAUCUCUGUUUUGUACAAAUUGUUCAUCACUAGCAAGUUGCUUUGUUAUGCAGCUACCUCUGAACUGCCACGUGCUAUGGCUGUCAAACUUACUGAACCCGUCUGUGAAAAGUGAAGUCUGUCAUGAGUCCAGUUCACAAGCCGUUUGAUUUGAAAUAAAUGGAAAAGCAGUUGGUCGCGUAACUCUGGUAGUGAUUUAUUU